UUCGCAUCUUCACUAUCGUCUGCUCCGGAUUAGGGUUUAUUGCUGCUGCCGCCCUCCUCCACACAAACACACACUCUGAUAGCUCGCAGCCAUGGCGGAACAGACCGAGAAGGCCUUUUUGAAGCAGCCUAAGGUGUUUCUCUGCUCGAAGAAGACAGGGAAGGGUAAGGCCCCUGGAAAGGGAGGGAACCGUUACUUCAAGAGCAUUGGACUCGGAUUCAAAACACCACGAGAGGCAUCUGAAGGAACAUACAUUGAUAAGAAGUGCCCCUUCACUGGUAAUGUUUCCAUCAGAGGACGCAUCCUUGCUGGAACUUGCCACAGUGCAAAGAUGAUGAGAACAAUCAUCGUUAGACGUAACUACCUGCACUGGGUGAAGAAGUACCAGAGGUACGAGAAGAGGCACUCAAACAUCCCAGCACAUAUCUCUCCAUGCUUCCGUGUGAAGGAAGGCGACCAUGUCACCAUUGGUCAAUGCAGGCCACUUUCCAAAACCGUGAGGUUUAAUGUUCUUAAGGUGAUUCCAGCAGGUUCUUCUGGACUUGGGAAGAAGGCUUUUACAGCUAUGUGAGUUAGGCGAUAAGACGUUUGUCGUUUUAUUUAAACUUUUUUUUUUAUGGAUGAAUUUUGAAGUAAUAUUGUUUCUGUUGGAAUAUUAUCAUUGACCUCGCUUUGAUAUCUAGUACUGCUGUUUAUCUACUUUCA